AUCGCGCAGUUCCUUCUCGCCAAGUAGAGGGAAGCCAGAGCCGCUGUCUUCCGGCCAAACAGGUUUGUGCAGGGCCGGACAAUGGAGUCAAUGGACGCGAGGCUGACUCUGGCCACGCCGGAGCCAGCUGGGAAGAACAGCGCGAAGAAGUACAAGCGCAUCUGCGCGGUUCUCCUGGCUUUGCUGGUGAUAGUGACACUUGGAUUAGGCUUGGGACUUGGGCUGAGAAAACCAAAGAAGGAAGAGCAAGGCAGCUGCAGGAGAAGAUGCUUUGAGGCUGAGUUCCGAGGCCUGGAGGGCUGCCGCUGCGACUCGGGCUGUGAGGGCCGAGGCGACUGCUGCUGGGACUUUGGCAAUAGCUGUGUGGAGCCAACCCGGAUAUGGACCUGCAACCUGUUCCGCUGCGGCGAGCGGCGUCUGGAGCGCAGCCUGUGCUCCUGCGCGGACGACUGCAAGCAGCGCGGGGACUGCUGCGCCAACUACGGGAGCGCGUGCCUAGGAAGAACCCCCUGGGCGCAAGAAGGCUGCACCACGAGCCAGCAGCCACAGUGUCCCGAAGGGUUCGAGCUGCCUCCGGUCAUCCUGUUCUCCUUCGACGGCUUCCGCGCGGAGUACCUGGACACGUGGGUCACUUUGCUGCCAAACAUCGCGAAGCUGAGAACAUGUGGAAUUCAUUCAAAAUACAUGAGAUCGGUGUAUCCCACCAAGACAUUCCCAAAUCAUUACACCAUUGUCACGGGGCUGUAUCCAGAAUCCCACGGCAUCAUUGACAACAACAUGUAUGAUGUGAAUCUCAACAAGAAUUUCUCACUUUAUUCCGAUGAGAAGAACAACCCCGACUGGUGGAGCGGGCAACCGAUCUGGCUGACAGCCAUGUACCAAGGGUUAAAAGCUGCCUCCUUCUUCUGGCCUGGAUCAGAUGUGGCUAUCAAUGGUUCCUUUCCUACCGUGUACAAGCCUUACAACGGCUCCGUCCCCUACGAGGAGAGGAUCACCACACUCUUGAAGUGGCUGGACCUGCCCAAAGCGGAGAGACCCAACUUCUACACCAUCUACGUGGAGGAGCCUGACUCGGCAGGCCACAGCUAUGGACCCGUCAGCGCUGGCGUGAUCCAAGCCCUGCAGCUUGUGGACCAGGCCUUCGGGAUGCUGAUGGAGGGUCUGGUGCAGCGGGACCUGCACAACUGCGUCAACAUGAUCCUGGUGGCUGACCACGGAAUGGACCAGACCUACUGUGACAAGGUGGAGUACAUGUCGGAUUAUUUUCCCCAGAUCAACUUCUACAUGUAUCAGGGACCCGCCCCCCGCUUCCGGGCUCGGAAUAUACCUCAGGACUUUUACAGCUUUAAUUCUGAAGAAAUUGUUAGGAACCUCAGCUGCCGAAGACCCGACCAGCACUUCAAGCCCUACCUGGCCCCGGACCUGCCGAAGCGUCUGCACUACGCCAGGAACGUGCGCAUCGACCUCGCGCAGCUGCUGGUGGAGCGGCAGUGGCUGGCCGCCAGGUCCAAGAACAGUUUGUCCUGUGGAGGCGGCACCCACGGCUACGACAACAACUUUAAGAGCAUGGAGGCUAUCUUUUUGGCACAUGGAUCCAGUUUUAAAGAGAAAAUGGAAAUUGAACCAUUUGAAAAUAUUGAACUCUAUAAUUUAAUGUGUGAUCUUCUCCGCAUUCAGCCUGCACCAAACAAUGGUACCCAUGGUAGCCUGAACCAUCUUCUGAAGGUACCUUUCUACGAGCCAUCCCAUCCCCAGGAAGUGGCCACAUUGUCAGUCUGCGGCUUUACUGCUUUGCUGCCCACAGACACCCUGAACUGUUCCUGCCCUCAGCUGCAAAAUAAUACUCAACUAGAGCGUGUGAAUCAGAUGCUAAAUCUCACCCAAGAAGAAAUAACAGCGACAACAAGAGCCAAUCUGCCAUUUGGGAAGCCCAGGGUCUUACAGGAGAACCAGGACCACUGUCUCCUGUACCACAGAGAGUACAUCAGCGGGUUUGGGAAGGCACUGACGAUGCCCCUGUGGAGCUCAUACACGGUCCCCAAGCCGGGAGACACAUCGCCUCUUCCGCCCACUCUCCCAGACUGUCUGCGGGCUGAUGUCAGGGUUGCUCCCUCCGAGAGCCAAAACUGUUCCCUCUAUUUAACAGACAACACUAUCACCCACGGCUUCCUCUACCCUCCGGCGAACAGUAGAACUGCUGAUGGCCAAUAUGAUGCUUUAAUUACAAGUAAUUUGGUCCCUAUGUAUGAAGAAUUCAAAAAAAUGUGGGACUACUUCCACAGUGUUCUUCUUGUAAGAUAUGCAGCAGAGAGAAACGGCGUAAAUGUGGUCAGUGGACCAAUAUUUGAUUAUAAUUAUGAUGGCCAUUUUGAUUCUCCGAGUGAAAUUACAGAACUCGUGGGCGGCCGCGUCCCGAUCCCCACGCACUACUUCGUGCUGCUCAGCAGCUGCGAGGACAGCGGCUCCGAGCCCGCCGGCUGCCCGGGCCGGCUGAGUGUGCUGCCCUUCGUGCUCCCGCACCGGCCCACCAACCUCGAGAGCUGUCCGGAGAAUAAAACUGAAGCCCUCUGGGUUGAAGAAAGAUUCAAAGCACACGUCGCUCGGGUCCGCGAUGUGGAACUGCUUACUGGGCUUGACUUUUAUCAGGAAAAAGCACAGCCUGUCUCUGAAAUUUUGCAACUAAAGACAUAUUUACCCACAUUUGAAACUGUUAUUUAACUUAACAUGUAAAACAAUUUUGGUGAGAUGUAGAUGAUUUUUUCUGUUGGAAAAUCAUAAAAUAAAGUUUUCUAUUUUUCCUUGGCCUUCCUAAAA